AUGGCUGCGCGAAACGACUUUGAUGCUAACCCUGAAAUGGCUGGUUCUCAGACAGACGAAAAGCAAAACUCCGAUUCUCGGCUUGAGAACACUAUAGCAGUCGAUCCAGCUCUUGAGAAGGCUCUCAUACGCAAGCAGGAUGCUCGUAUUAUUCCCUUAGCAGCAGGUAUCUACCUGCUGUGUUAUUUGGAUCGCUCCAAUAUUGGCAAUGCCAAAGUCCUCAAUCAUACCACGGGUCAUGACCUUCUCUCCGAGACAAAUAUGUCUAACUAUGACUUCACAAUUGCACUGAUGAUCUUCCUCAUCGCCUAUGCGUUAUUCGAGGUGCCAUCCAAUUAUUUCCUUAAAAAGAUGAAACCCAGCAGAUGGAUCGCUUUUCUCAUGUUUUCCUGGGGAACAAUCACCAUUUGUCUUGGCGCUGCUCAUAGCUUUGCUGUAGUGACUGUUUUGCGCUUCUUGCUAGGAGUUUUCGAAGCUGGCCUUUUCCCGGGACUCGUCUACUAUCUCACUUUCUGGUACAAGCCGGAGGAACGAUCAGUCCGAGUUGCAACCAUCUUAGCAUCAGCGACCCUUGCCGGAGCGUUUGGUGGUGCUAUUGCAUACGGUGUUGGACACAUGAACCAAGUACACGGUCUUUCCGGUUGGAGAUGGCUUUUCAUCCUUGAAGGAAUCCCUUCUGUACUAUCAUCGUUCCUGGUGUGGUUCUGUCUCCCUGAUUUCCCCGAGUCAGCGAGCUGGCUCUCUGCUGAGGAGAAAGACGUGGCAGCUUACCGACUGGCUGAGCAAGGGUCGCACGGUGACAGCAAGUCCAUGACAUGGGAGGACGCAAAGUCAACUAUCUUGGAAUGGAGACUGUGGUGCCAUUACUUGAUCUACUUUGGCAUUUCGGCUCCCUUUUCGAGUUUGUCACUUUUCACGCCUUCGAUUACUGCUGGUCUAGGAGUAUGUACAUGA